CAGAGCAGAGGCAGGGAGCGGAAUCAGCGUACCGUUGGCGCCAGCUAGCGUUAGCAUGUGGUUAUGGACAACAGAAAGAGACCAGCAGGUUCCUCCAACUCAGGGAGUUUGGUUUUCUGGUCCUCCUCAUUUCAACGGCAACCAGCCAGAGUCCUGAUUGUGGAGGCGCUGCCGCCCUGGUGGUCACAGACCUGCACUGUGCUUUGUGAUGCUCUGGACAACUUCCUGUCCCUGGCCUGUAGUCUGGAUGGGCCCUGUAGGAUCCCACUACUCAGCCUGUAUGCAGUCAGCAGGCAGCAGGAAUGUCUUCUGCCAUUUGUGCAACUUCGUGGUAACUUUGCCAGGCUGCAUUCCUGUGUCGAGGAGCUGAGGUCCAUUCCAGGUGAAGGCUGUAUCAGGGGAGCAGCCAGAGGAGGUGAUCUGUUGCGACAAGCAGUGCUGGACAGUCUGCAGCAGUUUAGACAUACCAACGCUGGCAGCCAGACCCGCAACAAUUUAUCUGUGGAGGUUACCGUGGUGACCAGCCAGCCGGGUCGCGGCACCGUCCAUCAGUUGGAGAGGGGACUCAGAGAUGCCGACCUGAUGUCACUGAAAAGGCUCCUGGUCGUGCAGAUUGAUAGUGCAGGAGACUGGGCUCAGGACACUUCCUCACCUGAGGCCUCACAUAGCGACACUGAAGACUCUCUGAUGUUGGGCACUGAGGUCGACCUGCAGCAGGUGGAGAACAGCGUGGUCGCCGUGGAGAUGGUGUUAAAGGCGUGGCUUCAAGAGCGGGGAGGAGACAGGGAGCACCUGCACCUCCUGCUGCCAAGUCCGCUGGAUGAUCUUAUUCCAGUGUGUGUGAAGUGUGACAUGCAGGAGCGUCAGAUCAGCCCCGCCCUCAUCCCUGUGGCCUCCAGCCUGGGAGUGAAGACUGAGAGUGUUCAGGACUUCCUGCCUGCCACCAAGAUGUCAGCCAAUCAGAGCCCACCGCCACAGAGACUGAAAGCAAUCAAGGUUCUGCGUGCAGAUGGAGUGUGUGAGAGUGUGUUAUACGGCCUCCCGCUGGUGAUACGCCCCACCACCUGCUGGCAGCUGGACUGGGAUGAAAUGGAGACCAACCACGGCUUGUUUCACGCUCUCUGCCACACACUCAGGAGUCGUGACUUGUUCCUGCUGCUGCAGGUGGAGUCUCCUCAGAAGUCUACAGCUGGAGGCUCAGGUGUGUAUCCUCACUAUGUCCUCCAGCCGUCGCCAUCUCUCUCCCUCCUCCUGAGGCCCGUUGUGUCCAGAGAGUUGUUGCUGCCCGUCUCACUGCCCGUCUCAGCUCAGGACCCUCCACCUAACGCCAUGCAGACUGUACAGCGUUGUCUCUCUCAGCUGGAUGAGGAGUUUGUGUUAAACCCUCUAUCGCUGAACAGUAACCUCUACCAGCUCUUGAGGAACGCAGGCCUGCUCUCCCAGCCAAGAUACCCAUACAGGCUCCAGCAAGCAGCUGCCCAGCCUCAAACAGUAGAGGGCCCUAAAAGCUCGGCCAGCAGACAGCCUCGACGGCCUCAAAACCAGGGUCGCCAACUGGGAACAAGCAGCAAGAUGAGAGCCACUGUGGCUCCACUGCCCUCCUCCUCCUCCUCCUCCGCCUCCUCUUCCUCCUCUCUGGGACCUCCUCCUGCGAACGUCAUCCGUCCAGCACUGAGCUUCCUCAGCAGCAGCCGUCGGGCUCCAGCUCCUGCUAGACACGAGGAUGACAGUGAUGAUGAAAACUAGAGGAUAAUACAAUAAUUACACUUCAGGAGGAGGGUUUCGACAAGUUUUGGAGCCAAAGCGGCCGUUCUUUCUCAAGAAAGUUCUUUGUUCAUUGUUGUUCUUUAUCAUUUCAGAAUAUUGUAUAUGUUCUAUAUGUUUAUUGAUUGAUUAAUUUUUCCCUCAGAU